UGAGAACAAACAAGUUGUUUUUAUUCUCAAGGUCUUAAUAAAUAUGUGGAGAGCAUCCCUCCCCAUUAAUGACAAAUGAAUAUUGUGAUAUUGAUAUUGUUUUAUAUGUAUGAUAUGUGAUGUAAACCACGGCUGGGUUUCGCUAGAGAUGGAAAGGUAUGCCAGUCUCUUGGAUUCAGAACUAUUAGGUAUUAGGUGGCCACAGAUUUGAAUGGUUUUAUAUCCUGUCAUUUCACAGUUUAAAUCCUCGACGUCCUGGUGAUCUAAAGGAGGCGUUUAAUAAAAAUUCUUUGCGCACGGAUAUCAAUUGGCCUUCAGAAGGAGUUGAUGAUUUUCGAGAUGUCCACGUAUCAUUUUACCUGCGCUGUAAGGAACUUUCUCUCAGAGUGCUCCGAGUGAUGGCUCUUGGUUUGAACCUGGAAGCAGAGGUCUUUCUCAGCGCACACAAGCAUAUUGGAAGUGAUGGGAAUGGAACAACUCUACGGACUCUGUACUACCCUCCAGUGAACAGCACAUGUGUGAAGGAAAAUCAGCUGCGCUGUGGUGAACACUCUGAUUAUGGUAGUAUCACUUUGGUCUUCCAAAGCUCAGAGGGUGGACUGCAGGUUCUGAACCGGGCUGGAGAGUUCAUUUCAGCCCCCAGCAUUCCUGGAACAGUUCUGAUUAACAUAGCAGACCUGAUGCAAAGGUGGACCAGUGAUAUCUAUGUGUCUGCUGUUCAUAGGGUUUUGCUGCCCCCUGCAGGUGACUCCAGCACACGUCAGUCUUUGGCCUUCUUUGUACAACCUGAUGAUGAGGCCAUGAUUUCAUGCUGCGAUGGAUCAGAUAAAUAUCCUCCUGUUAAGUCAGUUGAUUACCUUCUGUCAAGGUUCAAAGAGUCUUACGGCAAAAAUUAGAUUCUGGUUUAAGUGAAAUUUUAUGAUGUUGCAUGUUUAAAAAACAAACAAACUAAUAAUAGUAAUAAUCAUCACAGCACAUAACUGGUGAAGCUGACACAAUUUAAUACAUUGUAGAGAGACGUAAAGCACAGUCAUUUACUCCUGAAAUCACAAAGGAUACUCAAACAAGGCAUAAAAAAACAACAACAACCAAACAUUCCAUACCUAUUUUACUCUUAACUUGAUUUCUAUAUAUUUUGUAAAUUUAUACAUAGUUUACAGUAGAACACUGGUUGAAAACCAUGAAACCAUAAUGAAUUAAAAUGAAACAGCUUGAAAUAAUUAACUGGUGUUGCAGUAGUAAUUCUUUAAAAUUUUCAUUCUUUUGAAUCAAUCUAGGAUCUAAAUCAAUCUAGAAUUAACCCCCCAUAAAAAAAUACUAUUGUUGAAUUAAAUAUAGGCCAGAUUAGCAUUGUUUUGUAAUGUUGUAGCAUGAAAGUGACAAAAAAAUAAAAUUAAAAUAAAACACCAUUUACUUAUUACAGUAAUGGUAUCAUUAUUGUUAUCCUGUGUAUCUUUUUAUUCUUUACACCUUUAUUUUACACAUUUAUUCUUUUAGUUGAAAGUGCCAUAAAAUAAGAAUGCUGAAUUAUAUUUUCAUAUGAUCUUCCAUGUAUGUUUUCAAUAAAAAUAUGUU